AUGCCCUCAGUUUCAGUUCGCAGCCAGGAUGUUGGCGACGGUGGGACAAGGCGGGGCUUGCAGGAGCGCCAUCUGUCUAUGAUGGCCCUUGCAGGAAUGAUAGGCACAGGCCUCUUCUUGUCGAGUGGGAAGGCUCUUGCACAGGCAGGUCCUUUGGGUUGUGUGUUGGGUUUCAUUCUUAUGGGAACUGUAACAGCAUCGAUUGCAUACAGCUCAGCAGAGAUGUCCGCCUUUAAACCUGUGGGAGGGGGGUUUGUACGACAUGCUAAUAUAUGGAUGGACAAAAGUACGGGAAUCGCGAUCGGAUGGAACUUUUGGUAUUCCAUGGCCAUCACUAUGCCCACCGAGAUUAGUGCAGCGACUGCGCUGGUCAACUUCUGGACGCCCUCGUUGAGCCAUGCGGUACCUAUUAGUUGUCUCUGGCUACUUAUCGCUAUAAUUAACUUUUCUCCCGUCCGCGUUUAUGGGGAAUUCGAGUUCUACUUCGCUUUUUGCAAGAUUGCCUUAAUUAUUACCUUUAUUAUAACCGGUAUUGUCCUGGAUGCUGGGGGCCUCCCUGGACAAGAAAGGAUUGGCUUUCGAUACUGGCAGGAUCCGUAUCCGCUGUUCCGCGAAUACAUCAAGACAGGCCCCUACGGUCGCUUCUUGGGAUUCUGGUCAACCCUGAUAUCGGCUACCUUUGCCUAUGGAAACGUCCAAGUUGUCGCCAUCGCCGGUGCCGAAACUAGGAAUCCUAGGAAAUCUAUUCCUUCAGCCCUUAAGAAGACAUUUACCAGAGUCAUCUUAUUUUAUGUGGUUUCUGUCUUUGUGAUUUCUCUGACUGUUCCGGCGAACGACGAACGGUUAAACGCCCCAGGGGAUAUAUCGCGGAGCCCAUUCGUCAUUGCGUUCACUAGGGUUGGCAUCAAGGCCCUUCCUUCUAUUAUAAAUGCAAUUGUCUUCACGUCAGCCUUCAGUUCGGGAAAUGCUUGCACGUUCCUGGCUUCACGAACACUCCACGGUCUUGCUCUAGAUGGGCAUGCCCCUUCUGUCUUCUUGAAGCUCAAUCGGUAUCAGGUUCCAUACGUGGCCGUGACUGCCUCCGUUGUGUGGGGUGGAAUAGCUUAUGCCAGCCUUAACCGUAGUGCCUACCAGGCUUUUUCAUGGCUUGUAUCCCUUGUGACAACAUCCGGGAUAAUUUCAUGGGUUAUCAUCGGCAUCACUUAUAUUCGCUUCUUCAGAGCAUUAAAGGUACAAGGAAUACAACGCGAAUUCUUGCCAUACAAGAGUCCCUUUCAACCCUAUAUUACUUACUACGCCCUUGUGAUGAACCUACUUGUUCUGAUAUUUAGUGGAUGGAACGCCUUCUCACCGCGAUUUGACGGCAGCCUUUUCGCAUCUAACUACCUCAACUGCUUUAUAUAUCCGGUUCUUUAUUUUGCAUUGAAGAUGUGGCUGAAGGACGAAAUCAUUCCACUGCAUGACAUUGAUUUUGAGUCCGAGUUUACGGCGAUCAAGGCAGAGGAAGAAAGAGACGACUACAGCCACGAUGAUUUCCGCGGAACAUAUUAUAAUAGGAUUCUUAAUGCUCUGUUCUAG